UCAUUCAGUAACACACAGAUCAGUCAAAUGGCAAUACCGUCCGCAUUGCAGUGGAACUUCUGCUCGUGAUAUAUUCCGCACUAAACGCAUUAAAUCACCGUAAACGUGCCGGAUAGUGUUUCGUAAUUUAUUUCUCAAUAUCGUGUACGUAUACAUGUGUGAGAGAGAAAGAAAAGAUUUUACUCGUGGGGGAAACUGCUUAUAACGCGUGUGAAGGUUGUACAUCAGUGUGUGCCAAGUGAUUGUAAAGUUAACGUUUUUGUGUUUCUCUCUUCACCCUGACAACUAACAAUUAUGUUAUAGUUCUCGAUUUUUUACUUUAAACGGGCCUGAUGUACUUUCUGCAAUUUUAACCAGUUUGUCACUGAAGAAGAUACAACACAAGGAUCUAAACGUCUGACGUUCUAAAUAAAGUAUUCCAUUACACACAAACAUCAAGUGUUUUGUCUCGUAAUGGGCUUCUAAUUUCUUUACUAAACGUUUCGACAGCAAUCUCAACUUUUUCUUAAAAUGUUUUCUCUCUCUUCGUUGAGUUUGCAACGUAUGUUUGCAUCCGGAAGUUUAAAACACAACUAUUCGCGAUGUUUUUCAAUAUUGCACAUCAGACUCAGAGAGAGACAUCAAGUUCAAAAAGCGAACAUUCAAACGAGGGCUAAUUUGUCUCAAGCAAUCAAGGUCUCUCAUUUGAUCAGUUCAAAUGAUUCACCUUUACUAGACAAAACCAUUGGACAGAUAGUGAGCGAGGCGGUUGCAAAAUGGCCUGCGCGAACUUGUAUAAUUUCGAAUCAUCAAAAUAUUCGUUUAACUUAUUCCGAGCUUCUUCGACGGGUGGAUUCGUUGGCUGCGGGCUUCAAGAAGUUGGGUCUGAAGAAAAACGAUCGGCUGGGUCUCUGGGGUCCGAAUGAUCUCGAAUGGUACUUGACCGCUCUGAGCGCAUGGAGAGCGGGAUUGAUCGCUGUCGCAAUUAAUCCCGCCUAUCAGCAGAAUGAAGUUGAGUACUGUUUGCAAAAAGUUGGCGUGAAAGCGAUCGUCUCUCCCGCCGCAUUCAAAACGCAAAAUUACCCGAAGAUGUUGCUUGCCGCCAAACAAGCGUGUCCUACUCUGGAACAUAUCAUCAUUUAUUCUCCUGAUCACAUAACAGGCACGCGUCGUUUGGCCGACGUCGAAGCUUCGCCAACGCAAGCGGAAGUGGACGCGAUCGCCGCCACGCAAAACGAGAUAUCCUGUCACGACGGAUGCAACAUACAGUUCACGUCCGGUUCCACCGGAAGGUCCAAAGCCACACUGAUUUCACAUAGAAGUCUUGUAAACAACAGCAGGGAGGCUGGAUUAAGGGCAAAGAUAACGUCCGAGGAUACAAUUUGUUUAAAUGUGCCAUUCUUCCACGCUUUCGGAUUGGUAAUGGCUCAAUUAAUGAUGUUCCACACGGGGUGUGUUCUCGUUCUAGAAGGACGCUCUUUCGAUCCGGCGAAAAGCUUGCAGGCGAUAGCCAAGGAAAAGUGUACUAUAACGUACGGAACGCCAACUAUGUGGGUAAACUUACUCGAGGCACAGCAACGAUUACAAUUAUCGAUUGAUUCUCUCAAGGCAGGCACCAUUGGUGGUGCACCCUCUCCUGCUGAACUCUUCAAAAGAAUACGAGGAAUACUUCGCAUCGAGAAUAUGAUGAGCAUAUAUGGUCUCACAGAAACGACAGCUGUAACAUUUCAAUCGUUCCGCGAAGAAGAUAGACAUUUAACAGAAACCACUGUUGGUCAUUUGGGAAACCAUGUCGAAGCAAUGGUCGUCGAUACGGACGGGUUGCCUGUCCCGUUUGGAACACCUGGCGAACUUUGGGUCCGUGGUUAUUGUAAUAUGUUAUAUUACUGGGACGACGAAGAAAACACAAGGAAGACUUUGACGUCGGACAAUUGGCUGAAAACUGGCGACCAGUUUGUUUUGCAAGAAAACGGAUACGGCGCUGUCAUAGGAAGACUCAAAGACAUGCUCAUUCGAGGAGGAGAAAAUAUUUUCCCCAGGGAAAUUGAAGACUUCUUGAUGACUCAUCCGAAAAUAUUGGAAGUGCACGUGAUAGGAGCGUACGACGAGGUCUUCGGAGAAGAAAUUUGCGCGUGCAUUCAACUUCGCGAGGGCGAGAAAAUGACAAAGAAUGAACUGAAAGAUUAUUGUAAAGGCAAAAUAGCACAUUUCAAAAUACCACAUUACGUCGAAUUCAUAAAUGAAUAUCCCAAGACGACUAGUGGAAAGAUUCAAAAGUUUCGGUUAAAAGAACAAAUGGAAAAUAGAGGUGUAAUACCGGCAAAACCACGGAAUUAGUUAAUUUUUAUAAUUAUAGAUACUUGUAUAAUUUUAAUUUCAAUUUUUUAUAUAAAGAAUGUAAGUUUAUUUAUAAUAACAUAUUGACUAUAAAAAGAAAAUAAUUAUCAAUAAUUUUCGACAAGAUUUGACUUUAUAUCUGUGUCAACUUUGUUAUAAUUAUUUUUUUUCUAUAGAAAUAAUAAAACAAAGAUAAAUUUCGAAAAAACAUGUAAAAGCUGCGGUUUAAAGAUAACUAAAAGAGACAAAUAAAUUGAAACGUAACGUCA